GCCGCGGCCCUCGAGAGCGGCAGCCCGAGCGACGACAGCGCCGUGCUGUACACGGACGCGGAGGACCUGCGGCUCCGGACGCCGGACCUCUCCCCGCGCCAGGCGUCCGAGGCCUCGCUGCUGCGGGAGGGCCUGCGGGGGGACCUCGGCCCGGCGGCGGGCCCCUCGCCCUCGGCGGCGCGCAGAGGGGUCGCUGCUGUCGCCGCUGCUGGUGCCGGCAAAGGGCCUGCACUCGGUCCCCCGCCCCGUCACCGAGUCGCUGCUGUUCCCGCUGCUGGUCAAGGGGGGCCCGAUGGACCGCAGGAGCGCCCACGGCCCCGACGGCCAGGUGGAGUGCAAGUACAGCGAGGGGACCCCGACCACCGCCUGCCCGAGCAGCGCGCGCCUGGGCAGCCAGGCGACGUGCGGGCACGCCGCCGGGGCGCCGCCCCGGGCGUGCUGCGAGCCGCCCGCCUGA